AUGAUGGGGUUAAACAAGCGCAUUAUUAUUCUGGCCGCAGCCCUGGUACUUGUCGGCUGCGCCAGCAAACCUUCGGUCACAGAAUAUCAAUGCAGAGCCGGAGACUGGCAGAGCAUCGGCUUCCGCGAUGGUGCCAAUGGCGUGGCUAACACUCAUAUUCUUGCCCACCAGGAAGCCUGUGGUGAGUUUGGUAUCUUUCCAGAGCGCGAUGGCUACCUUGCCGGUUGGCGCGAAGGCCUGAACAAUUACUGUACCGCUCAGAACGGCUACCAGCUUGGCAUACGCGGAUCCGGUAUGAAUACAGUCUGCCCGGAAACCUUACAGAGCGCUUUUGCAGCAGCUUAUGCAGACGGUCGACAGAUCUAUCAGGCACAGCGUGAAGUAAACCGGCUCGCAUCGCAAAUUCAGCAGGAUGAACAGCGCCUGGUGCAGAUCAAAGAAGAGUUAGUGGGCACCACAACGGCGCAACUGGUUCCCGAUCUGACCGUUGAAGAGCGGGUGAAUCUGGUUGCAAAAUUUGAGUCGUUACUUGAUGAGCGUGCCAGCAUCAACACGCGGCUGCCGGAACUGGAGUACGCGCUGGAUACAGCAGAGCUGCGUCUGGCGGAACUCCACCAGACUCUGGCUUACCGGUAA